AUGCUGCAGAACCCCGUCACCUCCACGCCCUUCUCGGUGGAUGACAUCCUGCGGCUGGAGCGAGAGCAGAUCGGCCUCGCGGCCCUGCAGCUCCGCGGGGAGCACUCUCAGUAUCUGCGUCUGGUCCCGGACCCGCGCGGGGCGGAGGUUCCCAACCCCGGUAGCCACGGCGACGGAGAGGGAUGGCAGGACGGGCCGGAGCCCCCUGGGGAUCCCAGUGAGCGGGUCGCAGCCAUGGGCGCGGAGCGGGCGGGUGAACCCAAGCCCGGCCUCCGCGCGGCCUCGCCCCUCCGCGGCGGGACCCGGCGGCCAGAGCGCGGCGGCGGCGGCAGCGACGGGGCGCGCGGUGCGGGCGCGGAGCAGCCGAGGGCGCGGCAGCGGCGGCGGCCGCGCGUGCUCUUCUCGCAGGCGCAGGUGCUGGCGCUGGAGCGGCGCUUCAAGCAGCAGCGGUACCUGUCGGCGCCGGAGCGCGAGCACCUGGCCAGCGCGCUGCAGCUCACGUCCACGCAGGUCAAGAUCUGGUUCCAGAACCGGCGCUACAAGUGCAAGAGGCAGCGCCAGGACAAGUCCCUGGAGCUGGCGGGCCACCCCCUGGCGCCGCGCCGGGUAGCGGUGCCGGUGCUGGUGCGGGACGGCAAGCCCUGCCUGGGCCCCGGCGCGCCCGCCUUCCCGGGUCCCUACGGCGCCGGCGCCGCGCCCUAUUCCUGCUACAGCGGCUACGCGGGCGCGCCCUACGUGGCGGGCUACGGCGGGGGCUACGCGGGCGCGCCCCCGGGGCCCGCCCCGCCCGCGCCCCUGGCCGGCGUGGGCCUCGGCGGGGGUGGCCAGAGCAGCAGCGCGCAGGGCCCUCUGCCCGCCACGCUGCAGGGGGUGCCGGCCUGGUGA